AUGGCAAAUUUCUAUGAGCAUUAUUACCAGAGCCCUUACGAUUUCAAUCAGGUUAAUAAUAAUCUCUACGAUCAUUAUCAACAAGAAGAGAUUGCUUUUGAUCCAACGAGUUAUUAUAAUAAUUAUUAUAACUGGAAUGGAUCUGAGUAUACUGAUGAGACAAGCUCUGCAUCUGUUGCUUACUCUGUUUCCACCAUGUCUGAGUCCAAACACUUGUUCUAUGAUCCGAAUUAUUACACAACCUAUGAAUCUCCUCCUCAGUUUAGUAUCUAUUGCUCUGUUCAAGGCUUCAACGAGCCUGAAUUCGACGAUUACGAUCCGACGCCGUACGGUGGUGGCUACGAUAUCGUUGCGACUUAUGGUAAACCUCUUCCUCAAUCGGUGGAAACUUGUUACCCUUCUUCAACCUCUGCUCAAGCAAAACCUCCUUCUCCUCCUGAGAUUAUCACUCCUGUUCCUCUUGGAAUUUAUGAUGGUGUGGAAGAUAAAGGAGAAGUGAAAGCUUUGUAUGUUCCUUCUGGUUAUGGUUUAGAAGCAACGGAUCUCUGUGAGGUUAUAUUCGGAGGUUACUUUCCUUGUGUGUUACGUAACAAAAGACGUCAAGAAGAUGAAAAUCGUGCGGCUGAUGUUGUUUCUUGCUGGGAAAGCAACGAUUCCGAUCCGUGGAAGACGACUUCCGAUUACCUUUUCGGAGAUUCGUACCCGUACGGUUACGAGAAUCGAGUCGAAAGAAAUCAGUUCGAGAUCUCAUCUUAUGGUUACCGGAGGUAUUAA